ACCCUCUGAACACCAACAUCACAUUGGAACCUUAUCUUGCUGGCUUCAAAAUACCUCAGCUUGAGACUUAUGAUGGGACAAAGGAUCCCGAUGAUCACUUACAUGCUUUCUACUCUUGCAUGCAAGCUUAGAACACCUCUGACACGUUGAUGUGCAAAAUCUUUCUCUCUACUCUUCGAGGUAAUGUUCGAACCUAGUAUUACAGUCUACCUCCGAGGUCAAUCAGCUCUUAUAUCGAAAUGGCAUCUGCUUUUGCCACAAAGUUUUCUAGUAGAAGGUUGAUCAGGAAAACUACUUCUGAGUUAAUGCGAGUUAAACAGAGGGAUAGAGAAUCUUUGAAGAGUUAUAUGAGCAUAUUCAACGAUGUAGUAUUGGAGGUUAGCUCCUUUGACCAGGCUGUGGGAAUUGCAGCCAUGAUCUCAGGUCUUAACCAUGAGAGAUUCAAAGAUAGUUUGAUGAAACACCCUGCCACCACCUUUAGCAAGGUGAAUGAUAGAUCUUUGAAAUUUAUAACUGUUGAGGAAUAUGCCCUGUCGCAGAACCCAACUCCCUCUAAGAACCAAAACCCAAACUGGAGAGACGAGAAUCCAAGCAGGAAACGGAUGAGGACAGCACAGAACCGAGGUCCGAUGCCGACCUCUACACGGAGAUUCGAAAGGCCGAACUCAGCACCUCCACAACAGUCUGCAGGUAAACCCUUAGUUACUUGGACCCUUUUUAACUUACUGAGGUCACAAAUCUUUAUGCAGAUUAAGAACAAGAUGGACUUAAGGCAUCCUGGUCCAAUGAGAACUACUGCUGCUAGCCGAGAUCAUACUAGAUAUUGUGAUUUUCAUCAAGAUCACGAUCAUACAACAGAGCAAUGCAACAGUCUGAGGUCUGAACUGGAAAGUCUAGCUCAGAAAGGAAUGUUGAAUGAGUACAUCCAAAGAGCUGAACAGCCAAGAUUUGUCAAAGAACAGGGACCACAGCCUCAAGGAACCCGUAAUCCACCAAACAGACAAGGAAUGGGACAUCAACAAGCCCCUCCUCUACUUCCACCACCAGCCAAAAUCAUACACAUGAUUACAGGAGGAUUGGAAGCAGGAGGGAUGAGCUCCAAACAAAGGAAGUUAUAUGUCAGAGAGGUCAAGCACCAGAACCGAGCUCAGAAAAGGAAAAUUGAUGAUGCUGAAUGGAAAGAUCAACCAAUCACUUUUACACCUGCUGAUUUUGAAGGGGUGGUAACACCUCACAAUGAUCCUUUGGUCAUCUCUGUAAUGAUCAACAAUUGUCAAGUCCAGUGUGAACUUGUUGACACUGGUAGUGCACCUGAUAUCAUGUACUACCACUGUUUUGAGAGCUUAGGGCUCGAUCCAGCUUUGCUACAACGAUAUGAUGGUCCCAUAUAUGGUUUCAACAACCAACCGGUUCCAGUUGAAGGGAUCCUAACUAUGAAUGUUGCGUUUGGAAGUGGCCGAACCUAUGUGGCUCUCUCAGUUCAGUUUCUAAUGAUAGGAGCUCGGCUGAACCCCGAGGAGAGAGAAGAGCUGAUAACCUUUCUUCGAGCUAACAAAGAUGUUUUUGCAUGGACCUCAACAGAUACGCCGGGAAUUCCCACUUUGGUUUCUCAACACAAACUCAGCACCAAUCUACUUAAGAAACCAGUGGCCCAGAAGCAGCGCCUCUUUGGGGGGGAGAGGUUAAAGGUCAUUAAAGAAGAAGUUGAAAAGCUCUUACAAGAUGGCUUCAUUAGACGGGUUGAUUACUGUGAAUGGGUCGCCAAUCCUGUAUUGAUGAAAAAAGCAAAUGGCAAAUGGCGGAUGUGCAUCAAUUACACUAACCUCAACCAGGCGUGUCCAAACAACUGUUACCCGAUACCAAACAUUGAUAAGCUGAUUGAGGCAGCUUCUGGAAACGAGAGAUUAAGUCUCUUGGAUGCAUACUCCGGCUACCACCAGGUUCCAAUGGCUCCUGAGGAUGAAGAAAAAACCUUGUUCUAUGCUGGUGAUGAAAUCUAUUGCUAUGUGAUGAUGUCCUUUGGCUUGAAGAAUGCAGGUGCCACUUACCAGAAGAUGGUUACCAUCGUAUUUCGAGCUCAAAUAGGUCAGAAUUUGGAAGUUUACGUUGAUGAUAUAGUGGUGAAGAGUUUGAAAGCUGAAGAUCACUUAACCGACCUCGAAGAGACAUUCAACAAUCUCAGAAAGAACAUAAUGAGGUUGAAUCCAACAAAAUGCAUCUUCGGUGUGGAAUCUGAAAAAUUUCUAGGCAUCAUGGUGUCCAGAAGGGGAAUUGAGGUUAACCCCGAGAAGAUCAAAGCAGUAGCUGAGAUGGAGCCACCGAAGUCAGUAAAAGAUGUGCAGAGGUUGACAAGGAGAGUGGCAGCUCUUCAUAGAUUCAUCUCGAAAUCAGCAAAUAAAUGCCUACCGUUCUUCAAGAUCAUGAGAUUGGCAGCCCAAAAGGAUGAAUCUGGAAAACAAAAGAAGUUUGAAUGGAAUUCAGAAUGCCAAGCUGCAUUUGACGAGCUGAAGUCUUAUCUUAGCUCACCCUUUUUGCUGACAAAGGCUAAGGAUGGAGAAAUCCUUUACUUGUAUCUUGGCAUAUCAGAUGAAGCUAUCAGUUCUAUGCUAGUAAGAGAAGAAGGUUAAAUACCCUUUUUGGUCCCUAUACUAAAAAAAUCCAUUUUUU